AUGGUCCGCGCACUCAAACAUCAUGAGCAAAAGCUGCUCAAGAAGGUCGACUUUCUAAACUGGAAGCAAGAUGCGAAUUUGCGAGAGAUCAAGGUCAUGAGGAGGUAUCACAUUCAGGAUCGGGAGGACUACCACAAAUAUAAUAAACUCUGCGGAUCCCUACGCUCCCUCGCACACCGUAUCUCCAUGCUGCCCGCCCAAGACCCAUUCCGCGCCCGAAUGGAGGGACAGAUACUUAGCAAGCUAUUCGAUAUGGGCGUUCUGAAUGCGCAAGCCAAGAUGAGCGAUGUCGACAACAAGUUGACCGUAGCGGCAUUUUGUCGUAGGCGCUUGGCUGUGAUCAUGGUGACGAGCAAGAUGGCUCAGACGGUUUCUGCGGCGGUCAAAUUCAUCGAGCAAGGGCACGUCCGAGUUGGGCCUGACAUGAUCACGGAUCCAGCGUACCUCGUUACACGGCAUAUGGAGGACUUCGUGACAUGGGUCGAUACAAGUAAACUCAAGCGUACUGUUAUGCGCUACAACGAUGAGCUCGACGACUUCGAUCUGCUAUAG